AUGGCGGAGGAGCAGCCCAGAGUACUCACCGCUUCCGUGCACGACUUCAGGUACUUCGCCGCCCUUCUGCGCGGCGUCAACUUCGUCAACCGUGCUAGCGUCUCAAUUACCGCCGACGGCUUCACAGUAACCGUCGAAGAGGCCAGAUGUCUCACUGCGACUGCCUUUGUCUUCAGCCACGUCUUCGACGAGUUCGUCUACAACCCUGAUGCCGCACGGCCCUCACAGCCGUCCCAGGACGACGAUGACGACGAAGUGACCACAACGGCGUUCGACAUCCCUCUCGGCACCCUUAUGGACUGCCUCAACGUGUUCGGCACAGCGGGUGCCUCUAGCACUUCACAGAAGAAGAAGAAAACACGCGAGGACGGGGAGGACUCCGACGGCGGCGGUGGUCGCGCGGAUAGGAAGGGCAAGGGGAGGGCGGACGCAGGGGACGCGGGAGGAAACGCGCGCCUCGACCAGUGGUUUGCCCCUGGCAAAGGCACAGGCAUGCGCAUGUCGUACGCGGGGCCUGGCCAUCCUUUGACGUUGCUCGUGGCGGAGGAGUCUGGUGGGCCUACCGCGACCUGCGAAAUCACGACCUGGGACCCUGAGCCGCGACUUGACCUAGCCUUCGACUCUGAUGCAACGUGA